AUGGAAAAAAUUCUAAUAAUAAAUCUAUUAGGCAAACGUUUUCAUAUACCAUAUAGAAUAGUAGCUAAUGAUCCUCAAACAUUACUUGGUAAUGAAUUAUUACUUUCGAAAUAUUAUCGUCAUGAUAUAAAAGAUUAUUAUUUUGAACGAAAUCCAUUAUUAUUUUCUUAUAUAUUAACAUAUUAUACAUUAGAAAAGAAAAUUUUCUGUCCACAUAAUAUUCCUAUUGAAUUAUUAGAAAAUGAAUGUCAAUUUUUUAAAUUAAAUAAUUCAAAUAUAUAUCAUGAAAUAAAUAAAAUUCCAACCUAUCAAUAUUUUCAAAGAAAAAAAACUUUCAAAAACAAAAAUAAGAAUUAUUUUAUUUUCACAAUACCAUUUAUUAUUAGUAUUUUAUAUAUGAUAACAAUAAGUAUGGAAAUAUCUAAUAAUCAUUUUUUAAAUUCAUCAUGGUCAUUAACUUAUUUUAUUGAAUUAUUUAGUAUAAUUUUAUUACCUAGUACUAUACUUUAUCGAGUGAUUUAUAGAAAAGAUUUUUUUCGAAAUAAAUGUUUUCUAUUAGAUUUAUUUUCUACUAUAUUAAGUAUAUUUAUAAUCGUUAGUCAAAACUUCAUGAUAAUAACAAAUUAUUAUUUUAUAAAUAGUUUAAUUAUGUUAUUAAAAACAUUUCGCUUAUUACUUAUUAUUGCACAUUUACGUAUAUUAAGAUUAAUUAUUCAAACAUGUAUUCAACGAUUACAAAUUAUUUGUAUAUUAGUUUUCAUAAAUAUUAUUAUAAUAGGAGCAUUUAGUGAAAUAGCAUUUGCAUUUGAACGACGACAACAAGAAGAUCAAACUAAUAAAUUAACAAUGAAAACUCAUUUCGAUGCAUUUUGGUGGGCAACUUCACUUAGUUUUACAAUUGGAUUUGGACAUACUAAUCCACAUUUUACAUUAACAAUUAUAGGAAGAUUUUGUAGUUAUAUGUUGACAUUUUUUGGUCUACUUUUUAAUGGACUCAUAUUACAAGAAUUAAUUAAAGGAUUUUUAAAUAUAUAUCGAGAAGAAAGAAGAGAGCGGUAA